CCCCUGCACAGGGAGCUCACGCUGCGGAGCUUGGGGCGAGGGGGGCUUUAGUGCAAGCAGGGGGUGCCUUCACCCCCCGCGUCCGCCAAGGGGUGCCCACCGCCGGGACAGCUGUUGGCCGAAAAGGCGGGCAGGAGGCUAGCAGCCGAGACAGGGCUUCCAUCAAGUCCAUCGAGCCGAGGCGGGCGGCGGCGGCGGAAGGGCCGGGGAAGGAAGGCCGAGGGCCAGCGAGGCCCGCCUUGCCUCGCCCAGCGCCGCUCCCGGAUGGGCACACACCCCCGCCCGGGCCCAGCCGCUCUCUCUAGGACCUGCGAUGAGUUUGCCCGCCGGAGCCGUCCUCAGCGCCUGCGCGGAGGGAGGCGGCCGAGCCCCUUAUAGCCAUGGAGAGCGCCGAGGCCGAGCCGAGCGAUAGCCGCCCGGAGGAAGACGGCGCCGUGCCCCGCAGCGGCUUCCCGCCUCCGGAGCAGCCCGUAGCCGCGGUGGCCACGAUGGAAGACUGUUUGGCAAAAAAAAUGGAAAUCACUGUUUCGGAAGCCGAAAAACGGACUGGGAGGAAUGCCAUGAACAUGCAAGAAACAUACACUGCUUACCUCAUUGAGACAAGAGCUGUUGAGUCCCAGAGUGAGGGACAGUGUGCCCCAGUGGACUCCCUGUGGCGACGUUACAGUGAAUUUGAGUUGUUGAGGAAUUACUUGUCAGUUACCUAUCCACAUAUUGUUGUUCCACCUUUGCCAGAAAAAAGGGCUGACUUUGUUUGGCAUAAACUAUCAGCAGAUAAUAUGGAUCCAGAUUUUGUGGAAAGAAGAAGAAUCGGUUUGGAAAACUUCUUGUUACGUGUGGCUUCACAUCCUGUCCUUUGCCAAGACAAAAUCUUCUAUUCAUUUUUAACACAGGAAGGUGGAUGGAAAGAAAUGGUGAAUGAGACUGGAUUUCAGUUAAAGGCAGAUUCCAGAUUAAAAGCUCUUAAUGCAACAUUCAGAGUGAAAAACCCAGACAAGAGAUUUACUGAGCUAAAACACUAUAGCGAUGAACUGCAGUCUGUCAUAUCACACCUUCUGCGAGUCAGAGCUAGGGUAGCAGACCGGCUAUAUGGUGUCUAUAAAGUCCAUGGCAACUACGGAAGAGUAUUCAGUGAGUGGAGUGCAAUAGAAAAGGAGAUGGGGGAUGGGUUGCAGAGUGCUGGCCACCACAUGGAUGUAUAUGCUGCUUCUAUUGAUGACAUACUGGAAGAGGAGGAACAUUAUGCAGAUCAGCUGAAAGAAUAUCUCUUCUAUGCAGAAGCACUACGGGCAGUUUGUAGGAAACACGAACUAAUGCAAUAUGACUUGGAAAUGGCUGCACAGGACCUAACAUCUAAGAAACAGCAGUGUGAGGAGCUGGCAACAGGAACUGUGAGAACAUUCUCCCUGAAAGGGAUGACCAGCAAGCUCUUUGGGCAGGAAACUCCUGAGCAGAGGGAAGCCAAGAUAAAAGUUCUAGAAGAGCAGAUACAGGAAGGAGAAGAACAACUUAAGUCUAAAAAUCUGGAGGGCAGAGACUUUGUGAAAAGUGCCUGGGCUGACAUUGAACGGUUUAAAGAACAAAAGAAUCACGAUUUGAAGGAGGCACUUAUAAGCUACGCUGUUAUGCAGAUUAGCAUGUGCAAAAAGGGAAUUCAAGUUUGGACAAAUGCAAAGGAAUGCUUCAGCAAGAUGUGAUUAUCUGGAAAUGAAUUCCUCCUCCAAGUGCCAGAGAACGGAAGCACAAAUGUAUAACACCAAUGUUAAGUUGCUACAUGACUUACAUAUAAAUCAUGAAAUAAAUGAGUUGAGUGAAUAGUUUUUCUUUCUGCUGAUUGUAAUUGUUAAUAAAGGACAAAAAGGACAUGUUAUUAAAUGUUUAGCCCUGACUGCCACUUCUGUGGCGUGUUUUAUAUGUGGUAGCAAAUAAUUCAGGGGUAAAAGAGUUACUGAAAACUACAGCUCCGUAUUGGGGCAAAGGUAUAGGGAAAGUUAUCCCAGAAAGUAUGAACUGAACUGUUCUGAGACUUGUGAAACACCGUGCUCUGUAAUGUGUAGAUCACUUCCAGAUGCCCUUCUUUUCAGCCCUUGCUGUUUAGAAUUUGUAAUGCUCAAGGGUGCUUUGGUUUUAUAACGGGACAUACAGUUGUGUUCUUGAGGUCUACACCAUAAGAGGACAAAAAAAUGAAAUAUUGUAACGCCUAGGGUUCAUGUUUAAAUGCCUUUGCAUGUCCAUAGAGAACUGUGCUUUUCCAGGGUUCAGGUUAAGCGGUCUCAAGCUCCUGAGAUGUUUGAAACUCUCUACAGUAGAGGUGGUGUACAAUGGCUUGAUCCGAUAUUCUGCAUUUACUGGUUCCCACUUAAGUUUUGAUAUGGGCAUUGAUUUCUUAUCAAACUUCUUCCUGCAAGUAAAGGAGACUGGUGAUCCAGCUGAGCAGCAAAACCAAAGUCAAAGCUGGUAAGAAGUGGAUGCAACUUCUGUUUGGUUGUUUGGAACCUGUUUACACUAGGUGUGAAUCUGGCCUGUGGUAUCUCUUCUUGUAACUGAAGCGGUUUGCUUCUUAAAAAGAAUAGUUCUUAAUGAAGACGCUGAAAUAAAAAACCUGGUGCAACUUCUGUAGUACUUUAAGAGCAGUGAUGUGCAGAAUCCACAACGAACCAAGGUGUCUGUUUGGCUCUUGUAAUGAUGUUUCGGUGUAUGUGUCUCUUUCAGCGUGUGUAUAUAUAUGUGUGUGUAUAUAUAUACACACCAGUAUGACAUGAUUUGCAGUUACAGGUACUUGCAUUAAAUGUUUCCAAUUAUGAAAAACACUUACCACUGUCUAAUAUUGGGAUUUUUCUACAUACUUAAAGUUCCUGAAGUCUUGUGGAAUUUGUCAGACUUGAUUGCUAGUCCUGAAGGAAGCUUUGUAAUAUUCUGUUGAAAAGUGUAUUUAAUUGUUACGGAUUAUAACACUACUCAGAUCUUGAUUUUUUUUUUUUUUUUUUUGUUUUUAAGAGAUACUCCAGGAAGUCCUUAAAAGUUCCUUUGAUAAAUUAUCAAUAACGUAGUUACAGAUAUGUCCCAUGUUACUUUUGUCUCUGCAGCAUUUCUUUUCUAUAAAACCAUUGUAAAGAAUUUGUAGGCCUGGUGUACGCUACAGUUUGAAACUCUGAAGUGAAAUGCUGGUCACUCUGAUAACCUUUGUUGGCUUUUUCGAAGCGUGUGACAGUGACGCUCCUGGCUGAGAGAUGAUGUUGGGCAGAAAGAGGUCUCUCCAUAUAACAUUUACAAGGAGAAGUGUUGUUCCGUUCAGAGGUUGCGGUAUCCAGUUCCCAUACAGGCUGAAGGACUCUUACAUUCCAAACCGAGAAGUUGCACACUUGAUGUAUUCAGUAAACCUUCUAAAGGAGUGGUGCCUUAAUACAAUCCCGUGAGGCGCUCAGAGUAGGUAUUUUUCAUGCACUUUGAUUUUUGGUAGAUCUUUCUGGUGCCUCUUUCCACAUUUCACUUGCUGUACAGCUUAUUAAAUGUUAUUAGUAUGCCUUUUUUUCCUUGCUAGUUGUACUAACUUUAAGAAGGGAACAAAACGGUUCUUGUAAGUUUUGUGCCAAAUAAGCUAAAUAAAAUUGCUCUUUGAUA